AGUUGAUAAAAAAGCUUCCUUAGUUGAUCGUUGAGCAUUAUCAUUACUGAUAAGUUAGAUGUUCUUACUUAUUUACAAAAUUUGAAAAAUCUUAGAACAAAUAAUGGUGUAAAAAUAUGCAAUUCAUACAAAUCUUUCAUUCAGUUACCACGUGUAAUGAUGUGCUUAAAGGAACAAUGGGUGAUAAAACUCGACCACUUGUAUUCAAAAUAUUUACAAAAUGUCCAACUACAAAAGCAAGAACUGCACAUAUGACAUUACUUCACGGUAAUGUUGACACACCAGUAUUUAUGCCAGUUGGAACACAGGGCACACUUAAAGGAUUAAUGCCUCAACAAUUAGAAGAAUUAAAUUGUCAAAUUAUAUUAGGUAAUACGUAUCACCUAGGAAUGCGUCCGGGAAUAGAAAUCUUAGACGAAGCAGGUGGUCUUCAUAAAUUUAUGAAUUGGAAGAGACCUUUAUUAACAGAUUCAGGUGGAUUUCAAAUGGUAUCGUUAUUAAAAUUAUCUAAAGUUACUGAAGAAGGCGUAGAAUUUCAAUCUCCAUUUGAUGGGUCUCAAUCUUCAUUAACUCCAGAGCGUUCUAUUGAAAUACAAAAUGCUAUAGGUGCCGAUAUAAUUAUGCAACUUGAUGAUGUUGUGAAAACUACCACCAUUGGUCCAAGAGUUGAAGAAGCAAUGCAUCGUACAACUCGAUGGUUAGAUCGAUGCCUAGCUGCCCAUAAGAGACCGCAUGAGCAGAGUAUUUUUCCUAUAGUUCAAGGUGGAAUAGAUAUUAAAUUGAGAACUCAAAGUGCUAGAGAAUUAUCUAAAAGGGAUGUAAAUGGAUUUGCGAUCGGUGGAUUAAGUGGAGGCGAACGUAAAGAAGAUUUUUGGAGAAUGGUUACUGCUUCUACUGACAUUUUACCAAAAGAUAAACCUCGAUAUUUAAUGGGUGUAGGUUUUGCAGUGGACAUUGUUGUAUGUUGUGCCCUUGGAGUUGAUAUGUUCGAUUGUGUAUUUCCAACACGAACAGCUAGGUUUGGUUGUGCAUUAACUAGAACAGGGCAGUUGAAUUUAAAACAAAAAAUUUAUCAGUUUGAUUACAAACCGCUUGAUGAAUCCUGUAAGUGUAGUACCUGCCAAACACAUACUCGUUCAUAUUUACAUCAUAUUGUAACAGAGGAAACGAUAGCAUGUCAUUUGUUAACUGUUCAUAAUAUUUAUUUUCAAAUGAAGCUAAUGAGUGAUAUUAGAGAUAGUAUUAAUGAUCAGAAAUUUCCAGAAUUCGUAAAAAAUUACAUGCUCAAUCUUUACCCUGAACGAAAUUAUCCACAAUGGAUUGUGGAUGCCUUACAGUCAGUUAAUAUUAACUUAAAAUAAUGAAAACAAGUAUUUUACAAUAAUAAAAGAGUUUAACAUAUA